CUGUUGAAGUUUAAUGGGGUAAACCGUCCUUGCCGGGAAAAGUUUGGGAGUCCCUGUGUGUUUUCUCACGGCAGGUGGAGCCCUAGGUCCAGAGAUUUAGGAGUCAGAUCCAGUUCCACGUUUUCCACCAGACACCCCACUUCAACUCUCCCUCUCUCUCCCUCUCUGUCCCUGCAUCCCCAGGCAGGAAUCAACACCCCCUCCCCACCUCCCACCCUCAGCUCCCCGCCCGCCUGCAACGCAACGCUCCUCUCGCCGGGCUGUGCUCGACCAACCGAGCAUCCACCGCGCCUCCAAAUUGGUUUGUCAUUUCUGACCCCUCUCUCUCUCUAUGUGUGUGUGUGUGUGUGUUGACCACGGUCCUCUGCUCCGCAGCGCUCUGCGUCUGUGGACUUCAGCAGAAGUCAGUAAGAACAUAACGGCAGCCGGGAGAGAUAAAGAGUGAGAACAAGAGGGAGAGAGACAGGAAUACAGACAGACGGACAGAGAGAGAGAGAGAGAGAGAGAGACGCCUCUGUCCUCCUCCAGCACUUCACAGGACUUAGUGCAUUUGGACCGACGCGGUACAUCCUCUUGUGUGAGCGCUGAUCGGGAUACUGAGCACGCAGCCAUUGGUUUAUUACACCCUCAGCUUUAUCUUCAUCCCCUCUUUUGCCGUUUUUACCCACGUCGUUUCUGCAGCAGCAACAGAAUUAACCACAGACCCUGAGUCGAGACGCUGACAUUAUUUAUCGACUGGGAAGAUAUAUUUCUGUCCAAGAUCUACGAUCUGGGGACUGUAUGAAAGAGCGCAGAAAAGGUUAUUCCUGACUCCUGUCUGCGCUGGAUGUGUACAUAUGCGCACACAACGCUGCGACCAGUGAUACGGACUAGGACGUCCAGCUGCCAUUGAGAUGUGAUUCUCUGGGGUUUCAUUUCACUUUGACAAAGCAGAGUACACUAUAAGAGGUCUGUAUAGAGUCACGAACAGCGAGCUGUGUGAACAGCUCACCACAAGACCGUCUGGGCUCAGCAGGAAGUACCUCCAUAUCUACUUCCAGGUCAACCUCAGACGUCAUGUGGACCAGAUGCCUGCUCUUCGUCUGGACUUUGUUUGCUCCCAUUGCAGUUGCCUAUGGCCGUGCCCCUAUCCCCAUGGCAGUGGUACGCAGGGAACUGUCCUGUGAGUCCUACCCCAUAGAGCUGCGCUGCCCGGGAACAGACGUCAUCAUGAUUGAGAGUGCCAACUACGGCCGCACCGAUGACAAGAUCUGCGACUCAGACCCCGCCCAGAUGGAGAACACACGAUGCUACCUGCCUGAUGCGUACAAGAUCAUGUCGCUUAGAUGCAACAACCGUACCCAGUGUGCAGUGGUGGCUGGGCCUGACGUCUUUCCUGACCCCUGCCCUGGAACAUACAAAUACUUGGAGGUCCAGUAUGAGUGUGUUCCAUACAAAGUGGAACAAAAAGUAUUUCUCUGCCCUGGCAUUCUGCGAGGGGUGUACCAAAGUGAGCAUCUCUUUGAGUCAGAUCACCAGUCUGGUGCAUGGUGCAAAGACCCACUGCAAGCUUCGGACAAGAUCUACUACAUGCCCUGGACGCCAUACCGCACAGACACACUGACAGAGUACUCGUCAAAGGAGGACUUCAUAGCAGGCCGUCCCACCACCACCUACAAACUUCCACAUCGUGUGGACGGGACUGGUUUCGUCGUUUAUGACGGUGCACUGUUCUUCAACAAGGAGCGCACCCGCAACAUUGUAAAGUUUGACCUACGCACUCGCAUCAAGAGCGGUGAGGCCAUUAUUGCCAACGCCAACUACCACGACACGUCACCGUAUCGCUGGGGGGGCAAGUCGGACAUCGAUCUAGCGGUGGAUGAGAAUGGACUGUGGGUGAUCUAUGCAACGGAGCAGAACAAUGGGCGCAUCGUGGUGAGCCAGCUCAACCCCUACACCCUGCGCAUUGAAGGCUCGUGGGACACCAGCUAUGACAAACGCUCUGCCUCCAAUGCUUUCAUGAUCUGCGGUGUCCUGUACGUGGUCAAAACUGUCUAUGAAGAUGACGACAAUGAAGGGACAGGGAACAAAAUUGACUACAUGUACAACACCGAUAAAAGCAAAGAGAUGACGGUCAACAUACCUUUCCCUAAUUCCUACCAGUACAUCGCUGCUGUGGAUUACAACCCGAGAGACAACCUGCUGUACGUGUGGAAUAACUAUCACGUGGUCAAGUACUCGCUGGACUUCGGCAACAACGACUAUCGCCCUCCUCCCAUAAUGCCUCCUAACCGAGGUGGCGGAGGUGGAGGUCCAAUUGGUGGUGGAGGUUCUUCCUCUUCAUCUACCAGCCGCACCACCACCACCACCCGAUCUCCUCCCUACUACACCACCCCACGGCCUCUCCUCACCACCUCCCCUGGUCAGCGCUACCGGACCACCACCACCAUUCGCCCGCCUGUUCUGAUUCCUGCCGGAGGCUCGUCAUCUGACACCAACCAGAUCCCUGACACCAAUCAGAAAGCUGGAGGACGCUCCCCACCAGCGCAGGUCCCUCCAGCAGUCCCGCAGCCUCCUGCCCUGCCUCCCCAAGAUUUUUGCAGUCCAAGGGUGACUGCCGACAUAUCGUGGCCCCGGACACAGCAAGGCCAGACAGCCAAACAGCCCUGCCCUGUAGGAACACUGGGCGUGGCCACAUACGUGUGCGUAGCCCAUCUGGGCUACUGGGAUCCCCAAGGCCCUGACCUCAGCAACUGCACGUCGCCCUGGGUCAAUCACAUCAUGCAGAAACUCCGUUCGGGCGAGACGGCAGCAAUUGUGGCCAGGGAGCUGGCAGAGCAGACCAAAGGGCUUCUGCGUCCUGGCGAUGUGCCAUCUACAGUGCGGGCCAUGGCCCAACUGGUCGAACUGCUGGACGUGCAGCUCAGGAACCUCACCCCUGGGGGCAAGGACAGUGCUGCCCGCAGCCUCACCAAGCUUCAGAAGAGAGAAAGGUCCUGCAGGUUUUUCACACAGGCCAUGGUGGAGACUGUAAACAAUUUGCUGCAGCCACGAGCCCAGUCUGCAUGGAAGGAGCUGCCCACCAGUGAGCAGCUGCACUCGGCCACGAUGCUCCUCGACACUGUGGAGACUGGAGCUUUUAUGUUAGCCGACAACCUCCUCAAGACUGACACUGUGCAUGAGACCACUGACAACAUCCAGCUGGAAGUGGCCAGGCUAAGCACGGACGGGAACCUGGCCGACCUGACAUUCCCUCAGUCAGAACUACAUGGAAACUCCAUCCAGCUGUCAGCCAGCACUCUCAAACAGCACGGCAGAAAUGGUGAGAUCAGGAUGGCCUUUGUCCUGUACAGGAACUUGGGCUCCUACCUGUCCACAGAGAAUGCAAGCGUGAGACUGAGCAGCGAGGCAGUCUACCCUAAUUACUCUGUUAUUGUCAACUCCCCGGUCAUCACGGCAUCCAUUAACAAAGAGAGCAAUAAGGUUUACCUGUCUGAGCCAGUGGUCUUCACUGUCAAACACCUGCAGCAUUCGGAAGAGAACUUCAAUCCCAACUGUUCAUUCUGGAGCUACUCCAAACGCACCAUGACGGGAUUCUGGUCUACCCAGGACUGUCGUCUGCUGGCCACCAAUCGCACACACACCAGCUGCUCCUGCACACACCUCACCAGCUUUGCAGUGCUCAUGGCCCACGUGGAGGUCAAGAAAGCAGACAGCAUGCAUGACCUGCUCCUGGAUGUCAUCACAUGGGUGGGGAUCCUGUUGUCGCUGGUUUGCCUACUUAUCUGCAUCUUCACCUUUUGCUUCUUCCGCGGGCUGCAGAGCGAUCGCAACACCAUCCACAAGAACCUCUGCAUCAGCCUCUUCAUCGCUGAGUCACUGUUCCUGGUGGGGAUCAACAGGGCCGAUCAGCCGAUUGCCUGUGCGGUCUUUGCAGCCUUGCUCCAUUUCUUCUUCUUGGCAGCCUUCACCUGGAUGUUCCUGGAAGGGGUGCAGCUCUACAUCAUGCUGGUUGAGGUGUUUGAGAGCGAGCACUCCAGGACUAAGUACUUCUACCUGGCAGGAUAUGGAGUGCCUGCUGUCAUAGUGGCCGUCUCCGCUGCAGUGGACUACAGGAGUUACGGCACCGACCGAGUGUGCUGGCUACGAUUGGACACAUACUUCAUUUGGAGCUUUAUAGGCCCUGCUACACUCAUCAUUAUGCUGAAUGUAAUCUUCCUUGGUAUCGCUCUUUAUAAGAUGUUCCAUCAUACGGCCAUUCUGAAGCCAGACUCUGGAUGUCUGGACAACAUCAAGUCUUGGGUGAUUGGGGCCAUAGCCCUACUGUGUCUGCUAGGCCUGACCUGGGCUUUUGGCCUGAUGUACAUCAACGAGAGCACUGUCAUCAUGGCCUACCUCUUCACCAUCUUCAACUCCCUGCAGGGCAUGUUCAUCUUCAUCUUUCACUGCAUACUGCAGAAGAAGGUGCGUAAAGAGUAUGGCAAAUGUCUGCGUACUCACUGCUGCAGUGGCAAGAGUGUGGAGACGUCUAUCUCCUCCUCCAGUAAGACCACCACCUCCCGGACCCCCGGCCGCUACUCCACAGGCUCACAGGUGAGCUUACCUGCCUGCACACCUGGACGCUACAGCACAGCAGACUCUCAGAGUCGUAUCAGGCGGAUGUGGAACGACACUGUGAGGAAACAGGAGUCUUCCUUCAUCACUGGAGACAUCAACAGCUCCACCACUCUCAACAGAGUCUAUAACAACCCAGCCGUGGGCAUGUACAACACCCAAGCACCUUACCGAGACACAAAGGGCAUCCUGAACAACGCAAGAGACUCCAGUGUUAUGGAUACACUCCCUCUUAAUGGUAACCAUGCCAAUAACUACAGCAUGGCCAGCAGUGAGUACUUGAGUGACUGCGUCCAGAUUCUAGACCGUAGCGGCGGCUACGGCACCCACAGCAACCACAAGGAGACAACCCUGGAGAAGAAGAUCCUCAAGGAGCUCACCUCGAAUUACAUCCCAUCCUACCUCAACAACCAUGAGAGAGCCACCACUGAGCGCAGUCACAACCUGAUGAACAAGCUUGUCAACAACAGCAUGGCAAAUGGAGGGAGCAUGGCAGGAGGCAGCAGCAGUAGCAGCAACAGUGGAGUUGGUGGGUGUGUGGGCAGCAGUAAAGAGGACAAUGGUCCCAUGGUGUUGGACAACCCUGCAGCCUUCCCCCAUGAGGAGAAUCUGGGUUUGGAGAUAAUCAGAGAGGAGUCCAACGCACCACUCCUGCCACCACGGCCUCCUCCACCAGACAGCCACCCCCCUCCUCCUCCACCCCCUCACAGCUUUGCCCGGCCUCGGCGCAUUCCCCAGGAGACCAGCGAGAGCUUUUUUCCCCUGCUGACCAACGAGCACACUGACGAGCACACGAAUUCGCCCAACCACAGAGACUCGCUGUACACCAGCAUGCCAGUGCUGACGGACCUCCCAGAUGGGCAGAUGAACGGUUUAACAGACGGCGAGGACGACAGCUCUGGGGAGCUGCAGCCCUGUAAGAGUGCCACUGCUCCUGAGCUGGAUGAUGUCUAUUAUAAGAGUAUGCCAAAUUUGGGCUCCAGGAAUCACCUUCACGAGCUACAAAGCUACUACCACAUGGGCCGUGGUGGCAGUGAUGGAUACAUGGUGUCCGGCAACAAGGAGGAGUCUGAUUCGUCACCUGAGGAGCCGCCCAUAGACCCUUCCCACCUGGUUACCAGUCUAUAGAGCCAAUCAAGUGACUUCUAUCCCUCCCCAGCCCACUCUCACAAUUCCAACCAUCGAAUGAAAACAUUCUGUGUUGUGAACUGACAGACUGAGCUGGCCCGCCAAGCUGGACUGAUGUGCUGCGUGUGACACUAACUAUGGCUCAUGACAAUAUGGUUGAGGAAUCGCUGGUCAAAUUGAAACAGGGACUGAAUGUAUUGUCAUAAAUGGUUCAGACUGAAAGGGCAGUUCUGAGGGACUUUUUUGAGAACAUCAAACAGAAAUGUAACUUUUAACCUGGUAAGGAGAGGAAGGGGGAGGGAUUCUGUAAUUUUACCAUACCUGUUAUUUUAAUUUGGAAUCUUGGAUUGACCGAAGCCCUACAAGAUCCCCAAUAUGGACCUCUAGCAGAUCAUAGCAUAUAGUCUCCACUAUCGCCACUACAGGGGCAUGGCCCCCAGCCCUGGUUAAAGGAGCUGCCUGUCUGUUUGUCUGUAUGUCUGUCUCUCUGUCUCACUCUUAAAGACACGUACUGGAAUAAUGUUUCAACCUCACUGAAGGGUAGAGGAGUGCAUUAAACUCUGGUGUUCACAACAAACUGGCCUUGAAGAGGCCUCGCCCCACUACCUGCCAAUCCAGUGGAGCAUGUAUGAUAUAUGCCCUUCCUACUGACCAUCCCAAAAACUAUUUUAAUGGGCAACCGAACUGUACCCAUAUCAAGCUGAUGUUCUGAAUUCUCUUCCUGUUCGUAUCUGCUAAACUGGAGUUUUGUCUGGGCUGGUGUAACAUUCCUGCAAGUUGUAGUGACUGCGGCUACUGUGUAUUUCACUGAAAACAAAGGAGGAAGAUCAUAUUACAAUGACUGAAUUAAAAAAAAAGAAUGGGUUCCAUUUCUUCUCCUUUCUUCUGUAAAAGUUUUCAGUUAUCAAAGGAUUAUAAAGAAAUCACAAACUGUUUCUAUGUAUUGUACAGAAUACAGAUACAGUUGUUGCAUAUGACCUAAGUCUUUUGUUUUUUAAAUUUAAGUUGCAAACUUUUUGUCUGUGGAACUUUUUCUGAAACGUUAAGAUAUGUUCUGGUCACGUGUAGACUAUAGAACGAGCAAGGAACAAUCUUUCAUGUCACUCUUUCGUAAAUACAGAGACAGUUAAGCACUCCUUUAUUAUUACGCAUAUAUCCUACGCACACUUCAUCCUGGUCCUUUUCAUAGCAACACCACUGACACUUACAUUUUGCAAAUCAAUUGUUACUAUAUAUUUUACCACUGUGUAGAUUUAAAACUAAAGGGGAAAUGAAAUGGAAAAGUUAUGGAGACAGUGACUAUUGAAAUACUACGUUUAUGUCAUUGCUGGAACUGGGUCUCAUCUUAUUUGUUCUUGAAUAAAGCAUUUUCUUCUUUUAAGCACAAGGAGGUGAGCAAAAAAUUGCAAAGAUACCAGAUAUCUGGAGUAACACAAGAAUGGGUUAUGGCAGCGCACACUGGUGCAGUGGUUUUGCUCUCCUCAAAGUGGUUUGAAGCAUAUCCUCUCUAUUGCCAAAUAUUGUACUAAUUGACAUAACCUGUCAUUGCUAUGCUGGUUGAGAUCCUAUUGUACAGAAAAAGAAUGCUGACAAUAAUAAAUGUCGGAAAGAGAAUUUCCACUGUUUGAAAAAUGGUGGAAGUUGCCUUUGAAAUGUCGUGAUUACACCGUAUGUGUACUGAAGAUGUGAAAAACUCUGCACACAGGAGCACUGUCCAAUGUGGAAAGCCAAUGUUUACUCAUUUAGGAGAAAAUUUCAUAACUGUAUGAAGUGUAGCUUGCACAUGUUUCCCACAAGCCCCUUCCAUGUCCCCAAGAGAGAAAUUAUUUAUUUAUCUGUUUAUUGGUUUAAAGACAGCAAAACAAGAUUAGAGGAAAGAAAGCUGGCUUUAGGCAGGAGUAAAUAAAGUGGCACUGGGUUUGUUUUAUGGUUCUUUUUUUAAAUUAUUAUAAUUAUGAUUAUUAUUACAAUAUUAUUGCUAAUUAUUUAUUCUUUUUGUAUGGGUUCCAAGUUGAAUGAUCUCAUAACUAAUAUUUGUUGUAACAGUGAAAGUUGUUUGCCAACAAAUAAAUUACUGACAUAG